AUUAGUUUUGUGUAAACUUUUUUAAUAACUGACGUAUUAUUUGUUAUUUUCUUAACAUUUAAUCAUUUUGGUUUUUACUUAAUCAUUGGUUUUAAUAAAAAAAUUGUAUAUUAAUUUAUGAAAGAAAGUUGUGCAAGUUUUAAUAUUGUGAUGUGAUUUCGAACAAUAUACAUUAAUUGAAAAUGGGAGAUCGCUGGGUAUUAUUUUUCUACGUCAUUAUCACGUCGUAUAUACAAGUGAAUCAUGGUUGCUCGAUAGAUGGAAUACCAAAUUGGUUGUUACCUCAAAAUAUACGAAUACUAGACAGUGACAGUGGUAUUAUUUACAGAAAAUCAACUACAGGCAUCGAAGCCAUAAACAGUGUUACACAUAGAACAGAAGGUCUUAAUGGUGGACCAUACGUAAAUGUGUCACUAGUUGAUUCUGAGCUUACUAUCUCGACCCGUGAUAAUUACAAAACAUAUGAAGAUAUUGAAACCGCACAAUCUAUUGGUUUUACAGCAAAUUUUAGAUGCGCUGAUGGCAGUUCAAGAAAUUUAGUUUUUAGUAUAGAUAUAACUGACACCAAUAAUAACGACCCUGUGUUUAAGCCAUCAAAUAGUUAUGAACUCACGCUAGCACCUCCAGUCCCGCCAAAUUUUUUACUUACUAACUGCAUAAGUGACAUAAUUGUCAGAGAUAUCGACCUAACAACGGAAAGGAUUGACUUUACAUUAGAAGGGAGCCAACUAUUUGAAAUCGCAUACGAUAAUUCAUCUACGAUACCAAAAGAAUUCAAGGCGACUUUGAGAACUACAACAUUUAUCAGAUCGAUCCCGGAGGCGAUAAUUCUCACAAUCACAGCCACGGAUGUAGAUAGAACUGGUGAUCCUCGAAGAACAGCAACCGCUACGGUUAAAGUUUUAGCAGACAGCCAGUUCGAGUUGCCCGACGAGCCAAUUUUCUCGCAACCCUUCUACAUGGCAAACUAUACUAAGGAACAUGAGUUCAUUCUACAAGAUUCCAUUUAUCUCCGCCAGGGUUACGACAGUGAAGUUAAAUUUAGUUUGGACGGACAAUUUUCGGAAAAUUUCAAAUUAGUUGCUAGUGGAAAUCAAAUAACCUUCACCGUUACAACUCUAUUGCCAGAAGAAUCAUUUCAACAAAGAGAAAUCUACCUCACAGUUAUAGCACAGAGAGAAUACACAAGCGGUGCAAAUGCCAUGAUCGUGUUACUCCUGCCUGAAGCUAGGGCAUUAAGUUUUGAGAAGCCUUUGUAUAGUGGAACAUUGGAAGGGUAUAUUGUAGCCCAUGAAAGUAUUAUUUUAAGCAUUGGAAACUAUUCUGAUGUCACUUUUAACCUUAAAGGACAGUAUGAGGAAUACUUUGCUGUAAAAAGUACUCAAAACACAGUAUUAUUAGAGUUACAAAAGGAAGUAUCAGAAAAUAUCAUAAAGAAGAACAAUUUUAUUGCAUUGAACUUGGUUGCAUCUGGUAUAAAUGCUAUAACAACUUCGACUGCAAUUUUCCUGGAAAUAAUAAAACCUGAUUAUGAAACACCUGUUUUUAGUCAAAAAAUAUAUAACGGAUUAUAUUCAAAUGACUCAAAAGUAAAUUUUCAAGACAUCAGCUUAUUCCAAGGCUUCGAUGAAACAGUUAUGUUCGAAUUAGUGGGGGAUCAUGCGAAAUAUUUCUCAAUGGAAACCACUAAUAAUAAUAUUGUGCUAGCUUUAAAUUCAACCAUUCCUGAAGAUCUCAUAUUUAAUGAGAAAGUAUUAUUAUUCAAUAUUGUGGCUGAAAAGCCAAGGACAGUCGGUGCGAAUACCGCUGUAGCCCUUAAGUUUCCAGAAGAACUAACAGAACCUACUAUUUUAAAGUUUACGAAAAACACUUACAAUGGCGUUUUAAAAAAUGGCAAACUAACAGUCGAAGACAUCAUUCUAAAAUCAGGAUUUACAUCACAAACAAAUUUUACAUUAAAUGGAGAUUUCAAUCAGGACUUUACAAUAUCAAAUACAAAUAACGUAGUAACAAUUGCAAUAUCGAAUUCAGAAUCAGUAGAAGAAAUUGAAAAGAAUAAGUUUGUCGUGUUAGAAAUUGAAGCGACCGGAGAAAGAGCAGUUGCCGUAACUACGAGUGUUAUUAUUGAUAUACCAAAAAUUGUAAUUGAGUAUCCAGUAUUUGAAAAAUCAUUUUAUAGAGGAUCUUAUACAAAAGAUGGUGGAUUAGAAUUCACAGAGGAAAUAUCUCUCAGGCAAGGUUAUGACAGCAGCGUUCAAUUUAGCUUAGAAGGAGAGUCUUCACAAUGGUUCUCUCUAAUACAAAAUGAGAUGUUAGUUAAAUUGAUUUCAAAUGAAACAAAUCCGUUGCCUGAUGAUUUAAUAGACAAAAAUAGUCACUUGCUGUUUACCAUAGUAGCUGAUAAGCUUGGAACUAUAGGUGGAAGAGCGGCAAUACAUGUUGAGUUUCCAAAAGAAACAGAAGAUCCUAUUGUAUUACAAUUCGAAAAACGCGAAUAUAUCGGACGCAUAGAAAAUGAGUCUUUACAAUUAGACAAAAUACGGCUUUUAAAUGUUCGCGUAUCCUCAGUCGCACUGAACCUAACAGGUGAAUUUGCUUCAUAUUUUAGAAUUAAAGAACAAUCCGAUUCCGUAACAAUUGAACUGCUCGAUAUACCUAAAGAAUUAUUAGAAAAUAAUAAUUUCUUUGUACUCAAUAUGGAAGCAUCUCACCCAAAUGCUUUUAAAGGACAUACAACAAUUAUUUUGGACAUUGUUAGGAGUCGUGAAUCUCAAUUAUCACCAAUAUUCGAACAAGCUUAUUAUGUUGGAGAAUAUUCAAAUCACGAAGGUUUGAUCUUAUCCAACAAGAUUAAGCUUAGUCAAGGUUUCGAUAAAACCGUUUCCUUUGAACUCAAAGGCGAUAGUUCUCAAUGGUUUGAUUUACUUCAAAAGGAAGAAAACAGUUUUACAUUAUCAGUUAAAAAUGACAAUUUAAAUGAAGUAACAAAUCAAUUCCCUCUAAUCUUUACCAUUGUCGCACACAAAACUGGUAGUAAAUCUGCACGUGCUACUAUUAUUAUUACUUUUAAAGGAUCGGAGACCGAAGCAACAUUUAGUAAAGUUCUUUAUAAUGGGAUACUCGAAGAUGGCGUGGUAUCUCACGAACCCAUCACUAUAUCCGGAUACGAUGGCACAGACAUACAAAUUAUUGGAGAUUACGAGUCUUCAUUCGAAGUAAAUUUUUCGAACAGUGUUGUGACUAUACGCAAGGCCCCGUCAGCGGUGUUCCCAGUCGGCCUCACGCACGUCGCGCUGACGCUUCGGGCGGGCCGCGCUAGCGCUGUACUUCUGCUAGAUGUCACAGAUUCAGGAUCAGAAAUCGAAGCGACAUUUAGUAAAGUUCUUUAUAAUGGAAGACUUGAAGAUGGCGCGGUAUCACACGAAACGAUUACUAUAACUGGAUACAAAGGCACAAGUGUACAAAUUAUUGGAGCUUACGAGUCUUCAUUCGAAGUUAGUUUUUCGAAUGGCAUUGUGACUAUACGCAGAGCCGCAUCUGCGGUAUUCCCAGUCGGACUUACGCAUAUUGCACUUACACUUCAAGCGGGUAGAGCAAGCGCUGUACUUUUGCUAGAUAUAACUCAUUCAGGUUCAGAACGUGAAGCAACAUUUAAUAAAGUUCUUUAUAGUGGGAGGAUCGAAAAUGGUGUAGUAUCUCACGAUACGAUUACUAUAGCCGGAUUCGACGGCACAACUAUUCAAAUUAUUGGAGCUUACGCGUCUUCAUUCGAAGUUGAACUUGUAAAUGGCAUUGUGACGAUACGCAAGGCCGCGUCUGCGGUGUUCCCAGUCGGACUUACGCACAUCGCGCUGACGCUUCAAGCGGGCCGCGCUAACGCUGUGUUACUGCUAGAUGUUACAGAUUCAGGAUCAGAAAUCGAAGCGACUUUCAGUAAAGUUCUUUAUAGUGGAAAGCUGGAAAAUGGCGUGGUAACCCACGAAACGAUUGCUAUAAUUGGAUAUGAUGGCACGAAUGUACUAAUUAAUGGAGAACACGAGUCUUUAUUCGAAGUUAAUUUGUUGAAUGGCGUUGUGACUAUACGCAAGGCCGCGUCUGCGGUGAUCCCAGUCGGACUUACGCACAUCGCGCUAACAAUCCAAGCCGGCCGAGCUAACGCUGUACUUUUGCUGGAUAUUACCGAUACAGAAUCACAAAUCGAAGCGACAUUUAGUAAAGUUCUUUAUAAUGGAAAGCUCGAAAAUGGCGUAGUUUCUCACGAAACGAUAGCUAUAACCGGGUAUGAAGGCACGCGUGUACAAAUUAUUGGAAUUUACGAGACUUCAUUCGAAGUUGAAUUUGCGAAUGGUAUUGUGACGAUACGCAAGGCCGCAUCUGCAGUGUUCCCGGUCGGACUUACGCACAUCGCGCUGACGCUUCAAGCGGGCCGCGCUAGCGCUGUAUUACUGCUAGAUGUUACAGAUUCAGGAUCAGAAAUCGAAGCAGCAUUUAGUAAAAUUCUCUACAAUGGAAAUCUUGAAAAUGGUGUGCUAUCUCACGAAACGAUUACUAUAAUUGGAUAUCACGGCACAAAUGUACAAAUUAUCGGAGCCUAUGAGUCUUUAUUCGAAGUCAAUUUGACGAAUGGGGUUGUAACAGUACGCAAAGCGGCGUCUGCGAUGUUACCAGUCGGAGUCACGCACAUCGCGCUAACACUUCAAGCGGGUCGAGCCAGCGCUGUCCUUCUGUUAGAUGUUACUAAUAACGGAUCAGAAAUCGGUGUGACAUUUAGUAAAGUUCUUUAUAACGGAAAUCUUAAAAAUGGUGUACUAUCUCACGAAACGAUUACUGUAUUUGGAUACGACGGCACGAGUGUACAAAUUGUUGGAGCUUACGAGUCUUCAUUCGAAGUUGAAUUUGCGAAUGGCAUUGUGACUAUACGCAAGGCCGCGUCUGCCGUAUUCCCAGUCGGAGUUACGCACAUCGCAUUGACCCUUCAGGCAGGCCGCGCUAGCGCUGUACUUCUGAUAGAUGUCACAAAUUCAGGAGAUACUGAUCUACCCGCGGUGACAUUUAGUAGAACGUCAUAUUUUUUGUGGGCGGAUAUAAAUCAAACUGGAGUGGUUGGGAAAGUGCAAGCUACUGCGGAAAAUGGUGAAAGAAUUUUAUAUUCUCUUCAAGUUGAUGACGACAAUAAUCUUCGAGAGCGUAUUUCAAUUAAUAACGAGGGUGAAAUUCUGCUGUCAGCUGCAGUCCAAUCAGGCAUAUACAGUUUUAUCGUAACUGCCACUGCCGAAAAUAGCCGAGUUAAUGCUACCGCUUCGGUACUGCUUCGAGUUGAGGCUCUACGAGAUUGUGGCAGCGAUAUUGGUUUACCACCUUUAAUAGUGUUAGAAAAGCCAGAGGAAGAACCUCAUAAAAACUUAGUUAUCUUAAACCAAACUGAGUACAAAGAUUGCCGAUAUAAUAUUUUAAAUAGCUGGCCAGCGGAUCAAUCAUGGCUGUAUGUCGACGAAGAAGGCUUGCACGCGAAGGCCAUCGACCGGGAACACGAAUCAAUCGCCUUUAUGACUUUAUCUCAGAUUCAAGUAGAGCUAAUACUUCAAUGCGACAGUGAUGAAGUAUCGGUCGCUAAGCGUUCAUUAAACACAGAGAGACUUCAACUAGGGCCUGAUGAAUAUGGCUCUAACAAAUGGAUCUUAGCCGACACUAUUGUGUACGAUGCGAGGCGCAGCUUUGUGAAUCUUAUAGUAAAUGAUAUAAACGAUAACAAACCCAUAUUUAUUGGAAAUGUAAAUGAAACAAUUUAUGUUGGAUUUCCAGUUACAGAACUCGAAGACGUUAUAUUACCGCGAGCUUUGACAGAACUAAAGGCGACAGAUGCAGAUGUUGGGGAGAACGCAGCUCUAAUAUAUUGGAGUACAGAAGACAAUCUUGCCGUGGCGCCUAAGACGGGCUUUGUACACGUGCGCAAUACCGCACGUCUAGAAAAUAAUUCUCGUCUUACUGUAUAUGCUACUGAUUUGAAUGGCAAAGGUCUUACAGGAACGUUGGAUAUUGUGGUAAAAUUACUGAAUAAAAAUCAAAUCGCAGUUAUAACUGUCCGAAACGCAUUCUUAGACGAUGAAGAUUCCGUACUAAAUGACCUUAGUGAAGCUAUUGGAUACGAAAUAAAAGUGCUAAGGACGGUCGUAAUUUCGGAAAAUAAUGAAGAUUCUUCGAGAAAAAGACGCGAUGUUGAAAGUAGCUCUGGCGCAUCUUUGCAACUCUACGUGUAUGGAUUACAAGAAAGUGAGCCCGUCGAUGUCUUAAGGCUCACGAGUGAUAUAAAUAACAGUGAGGUUGUGUCCGUAAACGUAGCCCGAGUAUUAUCGCUGGAAGAUCAUCUUGAAGGUCUUGAGAUAUGUACAAUUCCAGGACGUGACACUGUUCUCUUUGUGACCACCAUAGUUCUAGCUGUACUGCUUCUGAUAGUAAUUGUAGUUAUUUUUGUCUGGUUUAUCCUGAUUAAAAAAUUCCAGAUACACUUGAAAUGGAGAAAAAAACAAAACUAUGAUCAAUUCAAUGAUACUAAUAGUUUAGAGUCUCGAAAUAGUGCAAUGGAACCAAUUCCAAAAGUAGAAAUUCAAUCAAAACCAAGACUUAAUAUAGAAGAGUUAAAGAGAAGUGAACGCAGACUCCAAGAAAUGCUUGAUACACCAAUACAAGAAAUUCAAUCGGUUGAACCUGUUAAUGCUGUUAAUGAUGUAACCAAUGAAUUUCAAGUAGAGACAAUACUUGAUAUUCCUAACCCUAUUUCGCCGUUACCUAUAGUUAUUCAGUCAAUCGAUAAGUUAAAAACUGAUAACGAUGGAUCCGACGAUGAAGAUGAAUUUGGUGAAAAAAAAGAAAAGCCACGAAAAUCAGUAGUUACAUUUAACGAAAACGUUGAAAAAAUCAUUCAUUUAGAAGAUAAUUACGAAGACAGGUCAGAACCUGAUUUAGAAGUUUAUAAAUUUUGAUUAGUUUUACUAUAAACUCAAAAAAAGGUUUUAUUUGUAAACUUAUUUAAAACAUUUAUAUUUUUUUAUGCAAGCAAUACUCAUAUGAUUUUUUUAACUUGAAAUUUUAAUCAUUUGUUCAUUUUAAAUAAAAAUAAAAUGUUCCUAC